UCCGAAUGAUGGAAAAUCACGUUCUAGCACAACUGAGUGAGUAGUUUUACCAAAUCUUGCAUGACUUUGUAAAUGAUUUGGAAUUUAAUUACCCGCCAAUUGAUGCUUGUCGUUCGUUCAACUGUCGAGAACCUGAAUGUUUUCCAAGUUCUGAGUUAUCCAGUUCGAAAGACAGCUGUCAAUGAUUCUGAGUACAUUCUACCUUUAUCGGUGAUUGAUAGUGAUAGCUCCGUUCGUGAUCUCCUUUGUCUUUAAGUCCAGAAUCGUGCUUUUGUUAUAAUGGUGCCAAUAGAUCGGCCGAGAUCUCCGAACAGAGAGAGAGUACGCCAAAGAGAGAGUCCCUCUUUUUUUGUUUGGCUUCCUCGAAUCUCUCGCCUUUCUUUUGUUUUUAUUUCCGGGGGCCGAACAAACGCCAUCAUCUGGAAUUUUCUUUCUGCAUUGUUUCUUGCUCUAUUAUUGUUGAAAUUGUUCCAGCGAUAAGUCUCGUCUGUCAAACGAGGCCGUAGAUCGCUCCAACUUCUCGUGCCCUCUCUCACGUUCCAUUCUAAUUGAAUGCAAAUCGUGAGGUCAGUCUUUAUGGACAUGGGGGCGAGCAAAAUCCAAUCUAGACGAUCGGCGCCUAGGUGGAUGUCGGAUGAUGUAGUGCCUCUCCCUGCUGACUGGAAGGACAGCCAAGUAGGGGGGAGAGAUAGGAGCCCUCCCCGGCCCUCUACCCCCAUGUGUCAGGGCCAUUAGCAUAUCAGAAUGGAGGAAUACAAUCAAGAGCUCGUCGAUUUGAGAAAGACUCACUUGGCCGUGCCGCGAAGAAAAAAGACGUUAAAAGCCAUCCAGUGGGUGGAGGGAGGAUAGCUAAGCGGAAGAUAAACGCUUCAGUCCCACAGGAGCGAAAGAGAUACGAGACGUUUGUUUCUCCAUCCAUAUGCGCUGUUAUCCGGAUUUGGAGGUGGAAUGCGCAGUGUACAAAUCUGCCUGCUAAGAAGAAUAGGUGCCUGAUUGCAUCUAUUGUCCAAAUAAAAGGCCCUAACAAGUUAGCAGUUGAUAUGUUUUCUCGUUAGAGAAUUCGAACUAGUUGAACCCGAUGGUACAAUGUGGAAGACUGAGAGCGCCGGCGUGGAAGAAAAGGACUCCAAAAAAAAGAGGGUGGGACCGAAACGGCCAACUCUUUUGACUCAUCGAGGGAGUCUCUGUUUUUCUUGCCUUGUGCGUCUUCUUUAUGGAAGAGAAGCCGAGCCAUUUCAGAUUUUUAGUACCCCCAGUGUUUGGCUCUCGUAGAUGAUUCGUUUCCCGCCACUCUGCCGGGUCAGUCGCCUACCGUCUCCGCUGUGCGUGUUCCAGUUACGACGUUGGCCAGUACUACCCGCCAUGUACUUACUACGCAAUAAUAUCUAGUUGUUUUUUUGUUUUUUUUUCUAGCGCAUGGUUUUUGGGGGGGCUCCCGCUUGAGAUAUCCCGAUGCUCCCGGAGAACGCGAGCGCUAGCAACGGGACGGUAGUGGAGGGCGGCGGAGAUAAGCUCCAGUGCGGAAAUAGCCCAAACAGUUCGUCGUCUUCAGCAUCGGUUGAGAGUCUAAAGCAGCCGGACAUGAUGGCAAAAGAAACCACCCUGUCCGGCAAGGUUUCCGGAGCGGAUGAGCAGCAAGAGCUCAUUCUACUAAAUCAUCAUCCCGACAACGACGAAGACAAAGCGCAAAUCGUUUUCUUCCUUUCGGAGACGGCCGCAAGUGCCGGAAUCCCCCGACCGGACGCCACCAACGAUUUGCCGGCCCUAGAGGAACGUGAAACCUGGGCCAAAAAAGCAGAAUUCCUCCUGGCCGUCAUCGGGUUUGCGGUUGAUCUUGGCAACGUCUGGCGAUUUCCUUAUAUUUGCUACAAAAACGGUGGAGGUGCAUUUCUCAUACCUUAUGUCGUAAUGAUGGUGUUUGGUGGUCUGCCCUUAUUCUAUAUGGAGCUUGCCCUGGGUCAGUUUCAUCGCAGUGGCUGUCUCACCCUCUGGAGACGUAUAUGUCCCGCACUUAAAGGAGUGGGAUACGCAAUUUGCAUCAUCGACUUCUACAUGGGCAUGUACUAUAACACAAUCAUCGGCUGGGCUGUCUAUUAUUUUGUUGCCUCGUUCACGUCCGAAUUGCCGUGGACGUCGUGCGACCACCCGUGGAACACCAACAGUUGCGCGCUGGUCGGCCCCGUCGACAACGGCACAUUCGUCCGCAGUCCCGCCCAGGAAUAUUUUGAGCGGAACGUAUUGGAGAAUUACCUGUCGGACGGUUUGGAUGAUAUCGGACCAAUUAAAUGGUCACUAGCGCUGUGCGUAUUCGCCGUAUUUAUCCUCGUCUACUUCUCCCUGUGGAAGGGAGUUCGAUCGACUGGCAAAGCCGUAUGGAUCACGGCUGUAGCCCCCUAUAUUGUCCUGAUUAUCCUUCUCAUCCGCGGCGCAUCACUGCCCGGAGCCGGCGAUGGCAUCCGCUACUUCCUCACGCCCCAGUGGAGUAAACUGGCUGAAACAAAGGUUUGGACUGAUGCAGCAUCACAAGUUUUUUUCUCACUGGGACCUGGUUUCGGCACCUUAUUGGCCCUCUCCAGCUACAACAAGUUCCACAACAAUUGCUUCUAUGACGCCUUGUUGACGAGCUCCAUCAAUUUGGCCACCAGCUUGUUGGCCGGCUUUGUCAUUUUUGCCGUACUCGGUUAUAUGGCAGAAAUCAGAAACGUCUCGAUCGAUCAACUUGGCCUCGAAGGUCCGGGAUUGGUAUUCGUCGUUUAUCCAGAAGCAAUAGCCACCAUGGCCGGAUCGACCUUUUGGUCGAUGAUAUUCUUCUUCCUGUUGAUCACCCUAGGAUUGGAUAGCACGUUUGGUGGGUUAGAAGCAAUGAUUACCGGCUUAUGCGAUGAGUACCCAGUUCUGCUGGGCCGGCGGCGGGAAUUAUUUGUUGGAGUGUUGCUCGUUUUCAUCUACCUCUGCGCUCUCCCGACCACCACCUAUGGCGGAAUGUAUUUGGUGGAUUUAUUGAACGUCUACGGCCCAGGCAUUGCCAUCCUUUUCUUGGUGUUUGUGGAAGCAAUGGGUGUGAGUUGGUGUUAUGGUACGCAGAGAUUCUCCAACGAUAUCGAAUCCAUGCUGGGCUUUCAACCUGGACCCUUUUGGAAGAUCACUUGGGCUUAUGUCAGCCCCAUCUUUAUUUUGUUAAUUUUCAUCUGUACUUUGGUCGAUCCGGUCCCACUGGAUACGCAAGAUUACACUUAUCCUGCCUGGUCCAUCAAAGUCGGUUGGGUACUCACAGCCAUUCCGCUGUCUUGCAUCCCUGUCUACAUGAUCUACAAAUUUGGCAUUACGAAAGGAUCUUUUACGCAGCGACUGGUGAAAAUGUUUACACCGGAAGACACGAGUGAUCCUCGGAAUUUGUCGCAAAUAUCUUUGACGGCUCGUGAUGCCGUGGGACCCAGCAGUGUCGGCCACCACUCCACCUCCUACGGCACUCAAGUCUGAAUCAACAACAGAAUCCACACUUAAUUAAGUAUUUUUAUUUUUGUUUAAAAUUUUUUUUUCGGGGAUUAGGAGUUAAUUACCGUUCAGCUUUUUUUCUUUUGUUUUAUACGAUAAGUCAUUAGUAAUAUAUUCAUGUUCAUAGAAGUAUAGUAGGGUAAUAUCAUCUGUUAUCAUGGAUGUUUUUCCUCUUGUUGUUUUAUAAGACCCCUGUCCUUUCAUUUUGGAUUCGUUUUAUUAUUAUUAAAAGAUAUUACAAGUAGCACUUGAUGACUGUAUAACCCUGAAGAAAGUUCCAGUAAGCAACAGCCGGCUUAAAGGGACUUUAUUUUCCUUUUUUUUGUAUGCUCUCUUAUCUAGACGACAAUUCCGUAAAUAAACAUGUGAGAGUCGGAUUGUAAUAAAUCUUCUCACAUUUUUCAAUGA